AUGGCAUCUUUUCUCUCUGUAUUCAAGUUUUAUGAACAAUAUGAUGAUGAUGAAAUUGGAGCUCUGGAUAAUGCUGAAUUGGAAGGUUCCAUUCAAGUAGACAGCAAUCGCUUAGAGGAAGUCUUGAAUGACUACUACAAAGAGAAGGCAGAGAAUUGUGUAAAACUGAAUACUCUUGAACCCUUCGAGGAUCAGGACUUGCUAAUGAAUGAACUUGAUGGGUCUGAGGAGGAAGAGGUUAUUACUGUAGUUCUUGAAGAAGCCAAAGAGAAGUGGGAUUGUGAAUCUAUUUGUAGUACAUACUCAAAUUUAUAUAACCAUCCACAACUUAUCAAGUAUCAACCAAAGCCCAAACAAAUCCGAAUAUCUUCUAAAACAGGAAUACCUCUCAAUGUCUUACCUAAGAAAGGACUCACAGCAAAACAAGUUGAACGAAUGCAGAUGAUUAAUGGCAGUGAUUUGCCAAAGGUGUCAACCCAACCUCGAUCUAAAAAUGAAAGCAAAGAAGAUAAAAGAGCAAGAAAACAAGCUAUAAAAGAGGAACGCAAGGAACGGAGAGUGGAGAAGAAAGCUAACAAAUUAGCCUUCAAACUGGAGAAAAGAAGGCAGGAAAAGGAGCUCUUAAACUUGAAGAAGAAUGUGGAGGGGCUAAAGCUAUGACAGUAGAACAUUUAGGAUAAGGUGCCUUCCCCGCUGGGGCUCCUCGUUAUGUUCAGUAUUGAACAGGGAUCUUCAGAGAGACAAAAUUAUUUAAUCUGCCAUUUUUACUGACAGGUAUUUAUACCACCAAGCUUUCUCUGCCAUCUGUCUUGUAAAUAUUGUAACAUUUUAAAACUUAAUAUUAUAAGCUUAGAAUUUGCUCUGAAAUAAAUGAUUUCACAAAUGUGAAAUGUUUGGAUGAGUUGAAGGAAAAUAUCUUCAUAACAUAAAUGGAAUUGGUGUAUUCUUCAUUUAUUUGUAUGAUUGUCCCAGCUGUCCUUUGCAGAUGUUCUCAAAUAUGUCUUUGAAACCUUUCCACUCCUUUUCAUGAGUUAAGUGGUUUAAUUUGCUGUAUGUAGAAAAGUGACCUCAUUAAACUCCAUUUGAAAUGCUGAGUGGUUAAGAGUUUUCCUGAGAAGAUUCCACUGGUAGGAACUAAGUUUCCCCCUGCUGUAUGCAAAGGGCUGUUUCAAAAGGAUGGUAAAAAUGAAUAUUUAUUAGGAUUGUUGGGACUCAAUUACUGGAUGACUUACUUUUGGAAUUUAGGAAGAGUGAAGACAGGAAGCAGAAGCAGAAAUUAAGAAAACGUCCUUGGCUUCAGUGAGUACCUGGCUCAAAAUCAGAAAUAUUUACUUCAGUUUAAACUAGAAAGUUUGUCUUUUCAACAUUAUUUAAUGCUUGGAACCAUUCAUAUUUGAUUAAAAGAUGUAGUUGAAAAUUU